AUGCAGAAGAAGCAACUGCCGCCGAAAUUUUUUGACCCGGUGAGCUUUGGAGGAGGGAAGGGUGCGAAGCACGACGAUGAAGAGGAGGUUGAAGAUGACUUUGACUUGGUUGCCGUCAUGAAGGAGAUGACGGUGCAUGAGCGCCGCAAGGUGUAUGCGCUGAAGGGCAUACUGGAUGAAUACAAGAAGGCCCGCACGAAGUUUCGCGAGGAGCUUGCCAUCCUUCAAAUGGACCAUCUGCGUGCCGCCCAGCGGCUCCACGACGUGCGCGCCGCGAUUGUGCGCGGGUUACGCGAUGUGACCGAGGAGGAGAUCGCCGCGGUGACGACGACGCUGGCCUCCGGUGUGCAGGAGAUCCCGUCCGACGACGAAGACGGCGAGGAAGGGAAGAGCAAACCUCAGCCGCGGGGGGCAACGGCGGGUACUGACGAGAAGGCGGCCAAGUCCGUGCGGGUGGUUACGCCGCAAGAAGAAAAGAGCCGUCUUGAGGUUGCCGCGACCGCCGCAGAUGGAGGCAUUCCGGACUUUUGGCUGACCGCAAUGUGCAACGCGGAGGUGGUGGAGUCUAUGAUCACGGAACGUGACCGCCACGCCCUUAGUUUUUUGCAGGACAUUGUAAUGGAGUACGUGGAGGAUGAUCCGCAGAAGGGCGUUCGUUUGAACUUCCAUUUUGCCCCGAAUGAAUAUUUUACAAACACGGUGCUCAGCAAGACGUACCGCAUGUCUUUUAAUGAGGAUAGCGGGGAGUUUGAGAUUGACUCCAUGAAAGCCACUCCCGUUGAGUGGAAGUCACCGGAAAAGAAUCUCACUGUCAUUUUGAAGAAGAAGAAGCAACGUCACAAGAAGAGUAAGAGCAUCCGCGUGGUGACACAGGAGGAGAAGUGCCCGUCUUUCUUUACCCUCUUUACCGAUCCAUGCAGGGACGAAGAUGACGACGAGGACGAUGAUCACGACGACGACAACGGUAAGGACGGCAAGCAUAGCGGGGAUGCGGGUAAGAAAGGGGAUAAGGAGGACGAUGAUGAUGACGAUGAUGAAGAGGAGGCAGAAGCUGAACUACACAUUGAGGUGGGGCAGUUGUUGAUGGAGGAGAUUGUGCCAAAGGCCGCAUUCUUCUACACAGGGAAGUCGGUUGAUCAGACAGCGCAGGCAUUACAUAAUCAAAUUCAAAUUCAAUUUGGUGGCGAUGACGACGACGAGGACGAGGACGAGAACGAUGAUGAUGAAGAGGAUGAAGACGCGCCAAACACGCAGCCGCGGCUCAUCCAACACGGUGGAAAGGGCCGUGGCGGUGCAGGUGGUAGUGGUGGCCGUGGUGGCCGUGGUGGCCGUGGCGGUAAAGGGAAGCAGGAAUGCAAACAGCAGUAG